AUGGCAGGUAGCCACCCCUGUCUGCUCAUCCCCAUGCUCAUCUCUCCACCUUUUUUCCUCCCUCGCUGUCUAUCUCUCUGUGUCUCUCUGUCUAGUGGCAGUUCUUUAUUUGCCAUUGAGAACGGUUCCGGACUAUAUGAUUUUGUUAUGCAAAAACGCCAAGCCGAGUUGGAAGGCCAGUCCAGGAAACCGGUGUCGGAUUUCGAUUCCACAUUCAUUUCAGUCGAUCUGUUGGCGCACACCGGACAUCGAAUAGAGGAAAUGCUCAAAAGCUGUCAGAGUGGCGAUCGGCUGUACAAGCCGAGAAAUUUCUCUUCCAUCCGAACACCACACGGUCUAUGUCACAUGAUCAGCUUAGAUCCGUCAGAGUUUCUGAUUGUCUGGUUCGAUCGACCUAUGGUGUGUGGUCUAGAAGCUGUGGUACGCACGCCCUUUGCUGACGUCACCCGUGAAGCUUGA